UUUCCUGUUAUGAAAAAAGCGCUGUUAAUUUUUUUUUAAUUGCAGCCGCCACUUUCCGAUUUUCCUCUUUUUUUUUUCCCUUUUACCAGUUCACUUUUUCUCCUGAACAUUGGGCACGUUGAACUCCAUCAUGGUGCCUCACGAUGCAAGACAUGGCAUGGAAAUAGAUGACGAUGACGACGAUUUUUAUACAACGGCGGAAUUGGAUAACGCAUUCUCAUUCCAUCGCAGGCGACAUUCGAAAUCGGAAGAGACUUUGUCGGAAUCCUUGCAUGACGACGACAGUGGAGGAAAACCCCACUUAAUGCCGGAUAUGCAGGAUUAUCAUCACGCUGUCAAUGUCGGUGACGAUUUAGAGAUCAAACCGGAAAUCGAUACCGGGGAUGUCUCGGAUGCCUGUUUCUCGUUUAAAAAGCUGUGGAAAUACGCCGGACCUGGUUUAUUAAUGUCUAUAGCCUAUCUGGAUCCUGGUAAUUUGGAAUCCGAUCUUCAGUCAGGUGCGAUAGCUGGAUAUCGACUGCUAUGGUUGCUAUUUUGGGCUCACGUCAUUGGGCUUAUAUUUCAGCUUUUAUCGGCACGAUUGGGAACGAUCACCGGACGACAUUUAGCUCAGCUUAUUCGAGAAAGUUACUCCAAACCAAUGACUAUCACCUUAUGGACGUUUGCCCAAGUUGCUAUCAUUGGCGCCGAUAUUAUGGAAAUUGUGGGGACGGCCGUAGCGUUGCACAUUCUCCUCAACUUGCCAUUGUGGGCUGGUGUUUUAUUGACAUCUCUCGAUACGUUCACGUUUAUGAUGAUUCAACGUUACGGAAUGCGGAAACUUGAGGCGUUUUUUAUGGUACUGGUGUUGGUGAUGACAGUAUGCUUUUGGGUGGAAAUGUUUGUUUCCAAGCCAGAUGCAGGUCAAAUACUACGUGGUAUCCUCAUUCCCAUCGUCCCUCGCAAUACGGCGAUUCAAGCCGUAGGCAUGUUGGGUGCUAUUGUCAUGCCGCACAAUAUGUUCCUGCACAGUGCACUUGUAAAAUCACGAGAUCUUGGCGCCAAUCCCACUGUUCGCAAGCUUAAAGAAGCCAAUUAUUAUUUUGGCAUUGAAUCCGCCCUGGCACUCUUUCUUUCCUUCCUGGUCAAUCUUGCCAUUGUCGUAGUAUUUGCAGAAGUGUUUUAUGAUCCUACUUCUGCCGGUGAAAAGAACAUUCCUGGAUUGGCCGAUGCCGAUGUCGUCUUGAGUCGAACGCUUGGCUCAGCAGCCAAAUACUUGUGGGCAGCUGGACUGCUAGCUGCUGGCCAAAGUUCAACGAUGACCGGCACUCUUGCAGGACAGUAUGUGACGGAGGGAUUCUUUGGAAAUAUUUUCAAAAAGGAAUGGCAUCGCGUAGCUGCUACUCGUAGUAUUUCGCUCAUUCCGAGUGUGUGUGUUGCUAUCUUUGCUGUUGAUCACUUUGAUACGAUGGGUGAAUUAUUGAAUGUACUGCAAAGUGUAUGCUUGCCUACAGUUUUGAUUCCUAUCUUGAAACUGUCUAUUUCGCCUGCCGUCGUACCAAAAGAGUUCCGUUUAUCAACCGUGAAACAGAUCGUCUGCUGGUUGCUCACAGCAGUGGUGGUGUCUUUGGAUGUGUUUUUAUUUGUCAGCCAUGCUACGACAACGCAUUCAUUUAUCCUGAUUCUUUUGUUCGGCACGAUGUACUUGGUUUUCCUUAUAUGGUUAAUUUGGCUUCCUUUGGAUUACAAGGCGCCUUCCCAGCAGCAAGACGUGGAUGACUGGGUUCCGGAAGCUAUGCAAGGUGACGAUGCAGGUCGUGAUUCCAUUAGCACAGAAAUAUACCCUUUAUUACGAGCCGCAGAAUGAGGUCCCGGUCGACUUGCUCCUUCUGCUUCCCUUUUCGAUUCAUUUAGAGUAUCCUUAUUCCCGCGAGCAUCAAGCUCUUAAACUUCACCCUCCCAAUUUUACCGCGUUUUCCCUUUCCCCCAUGACACAAUGGAAAAAAAGUCACAUAUUUGAAUUCCCUUCCUAUUUUGUUGUACAAAGCAUUAUUCUCACCCUUUUGUUUCCUUUUUCUUUGUCAAUUAAAUAUUCAUGAGUGUUCGAGUAAACACUGCCCAGUAAAACAUGCACCUCGUCAUUCACCU